AUGCGAAGAACCUGUCACAGAUCCGUUGAUUCCGCAGAAUACCGGAACUACGACCUUCAAUUUUCUAUUGAUUCUUCGAAUACCGAGAAAAUCGCUCCCUUCAUCUCUUGCCUUUUGUUCGUCUUCCUCUUGUCGUCUCCCGCCCAUCAAUCUUUCUGGUCCAAAGCCCUUGCCCUCCCUGUCGCAAAGGACGGUUGGACCUCCCAGUACCUUACCUGUAUCCACCAGAGGCCUCCACCAGUGCCGCUGAGCCUCGUGGUCGACCUCGGGGGCUGGCACUCGUGGGUCGCGUGCGACAUACCAGAAUACAUCUCCUCAACCUUCCGCCCAUCUCGGUGCGGAUCAGCUCAGGGCGCGCGCGGAACACAAGGUUACUGCCGCCACAGUUGCCUAGGAUCCCCUGCAGUACCAGGGUGCAACAACAACACCUGUAUACUCAUCGGGGAGAACACUGUGAGAAGGAUCGACUUUCCUGGUGGACUUGGCUCGGAUGGUCUGUCGUUGCCCUCGACCGAUGGUUCAAACCCAGGAAAUAUAGUGCGUGUGCCCCAGUUCCUGUUUGUCUGUGGCUCUGAUAUCAGCCUCUUUAGGCUCGCUAGCGGGGCUACUGGCAUGGCACCGCUCGGCAGGACGAAGAUCGCAUUGCCGUUGAUGCUCUCCUCUGCCUUCAGCUUUUCUAGGAAGUUCGCUAUCUGCCUCCCAUCCUCAAACACCUCAACUGGGGUCAUCUUCUUCGGGGAUGGACCAUACAAUCUCCUCCCUAACGUCGAUGCCUCCCAAUCAUUGACUUACACGCCGCUCUUGAGCAACCCAGUCCAUACAUAUACUGCUGCCUUCGGGGGUGAGCCGUCCUACGAGUACUUCAUCGGUGUCAAGUCCAUCACUGUGGGAAACAAGCUCCUGUCGUUGAACUCAAACCUAUUGACCAUAAAAAGCAAUGGUCACGGGGGCACCGAGCUGAGCACAGUCAAUAGAUACACAGUCCUCGAAACUUCCAUCUUUGCAGCAUUCACAAAGGCAUUCAUCUCCGAAGCGGCUGCAAGGAACAUCACUAGGGUCGGAGCAGUCAGGCCCUUUGAGGUGUGCUUCAGCUCAAAGAACAUCCCAGGCACGCGUGUUGGACCAGCGGUGCCGUACAUCUACCUAACACUGCAAAACAAGGACACUAUAUGGACUAUCACGGGCUCGAACUCGAUGGUUCAGAUCAAUAAUGACUUCCUUUGUCUCGGUGCUGUUGAUGGAGGGUCUUACGUCCAAACCGCUGUACUGAUCGAAGGGUACCAGUUGGAGAACAAUCUAAUACAGUUUGAUCUGGCGAGGUCUAGGGUUGGGUUCAGUAACACUCUCUUGGGCAGACAAACUACUUGUGGUAACUUCAAUUUCACUUCUACUGCCUGA